AUGUCUGAUCAAGCCAUGAAAAACAUGGAAGAAGGUGGCAGCUCGGGUACGGACAGCACAAAUUCUGGGAUUUGCUCUUCUUCUGAGAUUGUUCAACUUACCCAAAAGGUAAUUGCAGAGGUGAUUGGGACAUAUUUCGUGAUAUUUAUCGGGUGUGGUUCGGUAGCAGUGAAUAAGAUUUACGGUUCUGUAACAUUUCCAGGGAUUGCAAUUACUUGGGGAUUAAUUGUUAUGGUCAUGGUCUAUGCCGUUGGCCAUAUCUCCGGCGCCCACUUUAAUCCCGCUGUCACCGUCACCUUUGCCAUCUUUCGCCAUUUUCCAGUCAAAGAGGUGCCUUUAUAUGUUGCGGCGCAGGUGUUAGGAUCCAUCCUUGCAAGCGGGACGCUAUGCCUUCUUUUGGACGUACCCCAAACCGCGUACUUUGGUACUUUACCAGUUGGAUCAGAUAUUCGAUCUUUGAUCAUUGAGAUCAUUGCCUCCUUUCUUUUGAUGUUUGUUAUUUCAGGCGUUGCCACUGACAACAGAGCUAUUGGAGAACUGGCAGGAAUUGCUGUAGGAAUGACAAUAGUGAUCGAUGUCUUCGUUGCCGGGCCAGUAUCAGGGGCAUCAAUGAACCCAGCGAGGAGCCUCGGGCCAGCAAUUGUGAUGCACACAUACAAAGGACUGUGGAUUUACUUUGCAGGUCCAAUAGUGGGCACCGUACUCGGUGGAUUUGCCUACAAUUUGAUUAGAUUUACUGACAAACCACUCCGCGAGUUAACCAAGAGUGCUUCCUUCAUCAAGUCCCUCUCCACUAAACCUUGA